AUGAACGAUGAGGACAACGAGAGAAAGAUGAGCACGACCGAGGAUGAGCACGAAUGCGGCGAGACCGAGGGUGCAGAGCGCAGGGUGCCUUCCAGCAUGUCCAUGGGUCUGCCGCUGGCACACCUCGAGGGCAUCGGCCAGACCAUCGUAAAUGUGAAUGUUGCCCAUCGCUAUGCUGACGAUCCAGAUCCCGUGCAGGCUGCGCAUGGAGUGAGCGCUUACAUGUGGUGGGGGAAGCCGCCAGAUUCGCAAGGCCGUUGCGUCGUCAAGGUUUGCGGAUACUGCCAGCGGUGGUUCACCAGCAAUUGCCGCAUGAUCCCAGGGAUGAUUAUGACGAAGUUCAAGGCUGCCCUCGGCUCGGAUAAGGAUCGCAUCGACCGCCGCGCGCAGAUCAUCAGCAAGCUGGUCCAGUCGAUUAUUGAGGCAGGAGAUAGAAAGAACUUGCACGUCGACUUCGAUCAGAUUCAUGAUUGUGUCCUCUCGCGAGUCAAGCUCUCUGAGAAAGUGAAGACGACGAGCGGGAUCACAUUCUACCCCGCGGAGUCCUACAUGCGCGAGUUCGGAAACUUCCCCGACAACGAGAAGGCCAAAUAUGGGCGCUACGAGGGGACUGACGACGGCGAAGAUGGCAUCUGGGUUCCAAAUAUCAAGAAGACUCGCUACGAGCAGAAGGACCGUGACCAGUCCGUCCUCUCGCGCGAGCUUGGGCGCGCCGGAGCUGACGACGCCGACAUUGUCACUAAGCAGAAGAGAUUGCUCAACGUGCUGUUCCCUGGGGUCAUGAAUGCGAUGGGCCUUGGAGCGGCGAUCGACGACGCCCAGGGCCGCGCCCCGGCAGGCGGCGGCGCAGCGCCAGCAGCGGCCGCCGCCAAGAAGAGGGGGCGCCCUCCAUCGAAUAAUCUCUUGGGCGAGACGGACGACCUGGAGAGGCGCUUCUUCGCUGCGUCGCAGACGGACCCGCUCAUCUGGGGCUCGGGGCAAUCCAUGCAGUUGGCCCUCAUUGCCGACAUGCUAAAGCAGCUUCCGACCAAGAUCGGGGCACUCACCACUGAGGCGGAGAUCAAGACAUACAAGGUGGCGCAGAAGAAGUUGCAGAUCAUCGCAGACAUCAUGACGCUCAACGAGGUGGGCGCCGAUGCGCUUCGCGAGAAGUACCGGGGCGGGCCCCAGAGGUACGAUGUUGCCGUGACUGCGAUGGCGUUGGAGCCCGCGGUCGAUCUGAAGGCUCCUGCUCACUUGCAGUGGAGGCGACUGAAGGGCGACCUUGAGCGCAGCGGUGAUGAUAUGACGCCCGCCCAGUUCUUCCAGCGCAUCUCCACGCCCGAGCUGAAGAAGAUCGGCCUGGCUCCGUCGGCCAUUGCGGAGGAGCAGGAGGCGUGCAUCGCUGAUUGCCUGAAGGACGUGCUGAAAUCGAAGAACGACGUUCCUGCUCGCAAGAAGCUAGCCAAUCUCUUGUCAGAGGACAUCGUUGUUGAUUUGGUGGACGAGGUGGCUGAGUGGUGGGCUUCGCUUGACGCCCUGUUCACUGCGGGGACCGCCCCCUGGGGCGACAUCGAGACUAUGUCUGCUGUCGUGAACGACGCCGUGGCGGUCAUCGAUUCGUCUCUCCCAGGGAAGCCGAAGUCCACUUUAUUGGGGUCGGCCCUCACGAUGUGGCCCGUCGGCAAGGACGUGCUUGCGCAGGGCCGGCUUAUCGCGACCAAGGCCAAGGCGACGCUCGCGAGUUUGGCGCCGCUGAUGUCAAAGGCCGAGAUCUUCAGCAAGGCCGUGGAGCGCUGCGUGACAGACCUGGCCGUGACAGACCUGUCCUGGAUCAACCGUGCCGCGGACGCGCUGAUGAACCUCCAGGCGGACUACCAAGCUGCGCUUAGCGGAGGCAUCCAGAUCUACAUUCCAGAGGCGAAGGACACUAGGUUCGUCGAGGGGACUGGCAAGUGGUUGGACUUAGUUGCGGGGGGAUGGGUGAAGAUUCUGGUUGCCGUGGUGAGGGAGGAUUCGUAUGCCGCUGAUCUUCGGCGUUGGCUACAUGAUACGCUGGAGAUGCGCAAUAUUCUGGCGAUGUCUUCUUUUUAUAAGGCCAGCGCUUGCGAGCACGCGGCAGGCAUCGCGAACACCCUCGUGAAGUGGGACAAGCUCUUGUUGGCAGUUUCUCCAGACACGGACGUCGAGCUUUCGAAAUUCCAGAACUUGCAGUCAUUGAUGGUCGGCUGCUUCAAGUCCUUCCCUCAUGAUCUUGCUCCCUGGACCUCGCUGACGCUUCCGAGCGCGUUGCUCAGGGCGCCUACGUUCGUGGAUGGCCCUCGCAUGGACAGUGGCGAGACCUAUGUAAACGAGAUCUACGACGCAGCGAAGCAGAUCUUCGGAGAGACCCCGAAGGCCUUCUCCUGCGAGCGCCUGAAGAUGCACGACAUCAAUUUCCUGAUGGUUAUUGAGCUCCCCCGCAAGUCAGUCGAGGGGGCAGCGCGAUGUGCUGGUCGGGUCAGCGACGAGGCGCUUCGAGUUCAGCUCAACUACCUUGACUCCAUUGUCUAUGCGAUCGGAUGCGCGGCCAAGCCCCACCGGUUGAUAUUGCUGCGAGAGGAGACCAAAUCAUUCAAGGACUUGCUGCUCACCGAUGACCACGUCACUGCUUGGAGGGGCGCGGGCGUCCGCAUGGGGCACCUGCAGAGGCUGGUGGACGACCCCGCUUCUCCUGGCAUGAUGGAGAAUAUCCUCGAGUCGCCCGUCCACCUCGAUCGGCUGGAUGGCCUCCUCGACGUUCUGUCGUACGGGCGCUCGGUGAUCGCUGAGAGCUCGCGCAUCGAGACCGUGUUCAGGGAGUUCCUGGCGAGCGACGUCGCGAGGAUGUGCGAGACCAUCGAUCAGAAGGUGCCCACUUUCCCUUCGAUGGGGCUGCUUGGCAACAAGAAGGUCAUCAAGCAGAUCAUCGAGGCGCAGCACUCAACGCUGAGCCAGGUCAGCGCGGCCCUGAAGCACGAGCUGCGGCUGGGCAAGAUGAUUGGCAAGGUGUUCCACGUGCUGCCUCCAGAGGCCAGCGCGCGCGCUGGCAAGGCCGUCGAGUGCGCGCUCGCCACGGUCGCGCCGGGCGCGGUCUUCACCUGCGCAGAGGUGGAUUGGCCGGCUGCGGAGUUCGAGGACGUGGCGGCGCGCGCCAAGGCGGUGGCCAAGCUCCGCGUGGAGCUGAGCAAGACGGGCUGGGCGGAGACGCCCGAGAUCGGCCAGCUGCUGAACCAGUGGCGCGACGGCCGGUGCAUUGGCACCAGGGUCCUCGAGCAGGCCCCAGCUGCGCCGUCCACGGACCCGGACACGCAGCACGAGCUGCCGGAGUCCAACCUCAGGGAGGGCGACGACGGCGACAAUCGCAAGAAGGACUUUUGGGCUGAAGACCUCGCUGGCGGAUCGCCUGGCCCGCGCCCGCAAGAGCUCGAGGACUUCGUGAAGGCCGCGCCCGACGCCUAG